CCUGACAACUUCUACAUUCGUGUCACUCCUCGGACGCACCUGGACGCGACCAUUAUUGACGAUCGCCUCCACAGCAAUGGUAUGAGCAAUGGUCUGGGAUCUGCUAACGGAGCACAUGUUACGAAUGGGGAUGUCGAAACGACGAUCGGUAAUGCGGACCCAAUGCUCAUACUCUACGGGUCCAACACAGGCACCUGCCAGGCAUUUGCUCAGAGAGUGGCCGUUGAAGCAGCUGCUCAUGGCUUCAAGCCGGAAAUCCGCGAUAUGGACAGUGCUACCAACGCUUUGCCGAAGGCUGUGCCCAUUGUGGUCAUUACCUCCUCGUAUGAAGGUCAACCUCCAGAUAAUGCGACCAGGUUUGUGGAGUGGCUUCAAAGUGCUGAUGGCAAGGUUCUGGAGGGUGUGAAGUACACUGUGUUUGGUUGCGGUCACAGGGACUGGUCCGCCACCUUCCACCGGAUUCCCAAGCUGGUGGAUGGGCUUAUGGCCAACUUCGGCGCACACAAGCUCGCACCCGUGGGCUUUGCUGAUGCUGCGCGUGGGACUUUGUACAGCGAUUUCGAAGAAUGGCUGGAUACUUCGUUCUGGCCAAGCGUGUCCUCAACGAAGACAUCUGAGCUCGUGGCUAGUGAGGAACAAGUCAUCGAUAUUUCCACGGACGCACGCGCGACCAGCCUUCGUCACGACGUCAGCCCAGCGACGGUGGUAGAGAAUCGCCAACUCACCGGUCCUGGAGAACCAGUCAAGAUGCAUAUGGAGCUCCAGCUACCAUCAGACAUGACUUAUGAGUGCGGCGACUACCUCGCCGUGUUGCCUCUCAACUCAGACAAGAAAGUGAGGCAGAUCCUCGCCCAUUUUGGUCUGCCCUGGGAUGCUGUGAUGACUCUCAAAACCGACACCCCAACUUCGAUCCCGGCUAACGUGCCUCUCUCGUGUCUGGAUGUUCUCAGAAGCUAUGUGGAGCUAGGACAGCCAGCUACCAAGAAGAAUCUUCGCACGCUCGCCAACUACACGCAAUCCAUUGCCGAGGCGGACUUCCUUAAGUCGCUCUCCUCUGACAACGCGGCCUUCGACUCCAACAUCACCACCAAGCGUACUUCGGUCUUCGACCUCCUGCUUGCGCAUCCCACAAUCGACCUACCCUUCGGCGUCUUCCUCUCCAUGCUACCGCCCCUUCGGGUGCGCCAGUACUCCAUCUCUUCGACUCCGUUGCAUAAGCCAGGCCACUGUACCAUCAGCUAUGGUGUCAUCGACCGGAUCGCCCUCUCAUCCACCACAGACCAUGAGCAGCGCUUCCAGGGCGUCACAGGCAGCUACCUGGCCACUCUCAAGGCAGGUGAUCUACUCCAGAUUGGUGUGCGCGCCACCGCAAAGAAAACCUUCCGCUUGCCUGCAGACACGGAGGCUACGCCCUUGAUCAUGUUCGCAGCCGGCACUGGGCUAGCUCCUUUCAGAGGCUUUAUCCAGGAGCGAGCGCUCCAGGCGGCCUCGAAUCCCGGUCGGAAGCUCGCACCCGCUGUCUUAUUCCUUGGAUGUCGUUCGCAGACCAAUGAUCUUUAUGUACACGAACGGAUGGCAGCGGAGGAUGCGGAGUUGGUGACUUUGUGGAGGUCUGGGGCGAGGGCUUAUGUGUGUGGGACGAGAGAGUUCGCUAAGGGGGUCGCGGAGGCUGCCAGAAAGAUUGCCACGAAGGCGAGGGAUGGCAUGAGCCUGGACCAGGAAGCACAGAAAUUGUUGGAGGAGAGGUUCAACGAGCAGAUUCAGGCUAGAGUCGCCAGCGAUGUCUUCGAUUAG